AUGCACGAAAUAGAGAGACAGGUCUGCAAGCUAAGCAAGCACAAACCCUGCUAUCAAAACCCAACACGGUGAGCAUAAACCGGUUUCGGCACAUCGGUGGAAUGAAGAUUGUGUGCAGGUGAGGAUACCACAUUUGAUGAGGGGAUACUUCAGCGAUUCAACAAUUCUGAAGUCUACGGAUUUGAUCCGACGCCAAGGUCUCAUGCCCUUAGUUGGGCUCACACUGCGCUCCACGUAAAUCUCUCUAUCAGGUCUCAGGAUCAUGUUCAGAGACGUGUCGGAGAUGGUGGUCUUCCCUCGGACCGCUUUCAUUUCUUCCCGGUCGGACUGGGCGCGCGCUGAGACUGGCCUGAUGAAGUUUAUGCUGCCAGCGAAUCCGUCGUAUGUGUCCCUCAUGCCGAAGAAGGGAGCCAUCCAAGGGCUUAAGGGAGCUAAGGAUCCCAAGAGAGAGGUCGCCGUUUCCCUUUUGGAUUUAAAGUCAAUUGUUCGUAUGUGUGGGCAGAUAUUUUGA